CACGCCCCCUCAAACGAAAGUCGACCCAUGGGUUUGAAGUUUGCACAGGCCCGCCAUACCAUGUGCUUAAAGUAGGGGUGGCAGUCGAUCGGUUUCGGUUUAACCGAAAACUGAUAACCCGGUUAUCGGUUAAACCGAGCCACCCCCUAUAGCUGCCAACCGUGAGAGUGGUCGGGGUUAGCCGACCAACCGACCGGUCGGUUUCGGUUUUAGGCUCGGUCCAACCGGAAAACUACUUUUUCUACACAAAAAAAAUUAAAAGCAACAAAAAUUCUGCACCACUCACUCCUAACCCCCUCUCACUUCUCGAUUCUUCUUCUUCCUUUCCAGAGAAGCCUAACCUAUCUCUCUCCCCACUCUCUCGAUUCUCUUCUUCUUCCUUUCCAGAGAGCCACCGCCCGCCAAGCCGAAAUCGCCCCCUCCCUCACCUCUCUCGUUCUGCCUCUCCCUCAAUCGAUGACAUCCUCUCUCUCUCUCUCUCUCUCUCUCUCUAACAAACCAAGAACAAAUCGUUCCCUCUCUCUGCUCUUUCUCACUCUCCCUCGUCUUACCCAGAAAAUGAGCCGAAGCAAAGCUUCUCCGACGCUCUCAUCUUUCGUAGACGAAACCGGGCUAUGGGACGCCGGCAAUGGCCUCCGCCGCGGUGAGGAUGUGGAGCGGGUGCAGGUGGCGGGUUUGGCGGAGGACUUGGCGGCGGAAUAGGUAAGGGAGGUGGGCUUGGGGGGGAUGCCGGCGGUGGGAAGGGCGGUGAGACGUGAGAGUGUAGAUCUGCUUCUUCUUCUUCUUCCGAUUUGGGAAUUUUUUUUUAUUCAAGAUGUGGGAAUGGAGAUGAAUUUAGACAGGAUUUUGGGGAAGGUUAAGUGGGUCUCGGUUGGCCCGGUUAGUCGGAUUACCGCGGUUAAUCACCGUCGGUUACUCGGUCAACUGACCCCUUCCUUUUUCCAUCCGACCACCGACCGUCAAGGUAACCGGUCGGUUUUCGGUUAGCUGGUAAUCGGCGGUUUUCGGUUAAAACCGGCGGUUACCCGCUAACCGCAAACCGAAAUGCCAGCCCUAACUUAAAGACAAUGGUUAAUAUUGGAGGUCGUGAGGACUUGAACACGUGACCUCAAGGACAAACCAGCUCUGAUACCAUGUCAUAAACCAGUUGGUCCCAAUAACUCGAUUUGUUGGGAGAAGGUUAUGCUAGAUCUUAUACAGGCCCGUGUAUGGUACUUAACCACUUCCUUACAGAGGGUUGUUUUGUGCUUCUUGUUAGGGCAAGGAACACAUCCUCUGUACCCGAAGAAGCUUCAACUGGACUCCAUUGCAAAGUAACUCAAUCACUACCUCAUCCCUUCUUUUCUUUCGUCGCUAUUGUAUUGAUUGAUACAAAACCAUCGUCAUUGUUGUUGUUUUUUCCCCCACAGACAUGCCUGCUGAGAGUUUCCGUCCACUAACAAGGUUGCAAGAGAAAAGUCUGCAAAAUCCUAUUAGCCAUCCAUGGUAACCUUUCAAUUUUUAUUUUGCUCCCCUCGCAGUAGGGUAGUUUUUUAACCUUUCGUGACACUUUGAUUUUACAUUUGGUCAGGUGUUUACUCGGUAACUGUUGAUAUGAAGAAACAGAGACACUGUAACUGGAAACGUGGAAGGAGAGACAUUGAUCAGGAAACUCUCAAACAAAGGGAAGAAGGCUUCGAUUUGUGAUAGCAACGAACCCAAGAAUCCUAAAGCCAACCAAGAACAAGGGAAAGGAAGUCAGAAGAAGAAUAGGAGAACCAGAAACAGAGUGAAAACAGGGGAACCAAACAAGAAGAAGAGCCAAAGGCGGUGGUCAUCCCAGCCGCGGCCGAAAACUCGUCGCCAAAAACCCAAACCGUCGCUAAAGAAUCUCCGGGUAACCGCGUCAGUGGCGAGAAGAAGCGGCGCGAGGGUAAAAGUAAAGCAGAGAAGAAGGAGAUCAAAGUUCAGCAGGACAACAAUGUCGAUCCUAACUCUGGUAGUAGCUCUGUUCCUCCAUGUUCUUCGAAUCCGUCCGGUGGCGAUAGGUAUCAGCAAAUGGCGACGAAUCAGGUUCUGCAUUCGCCAUAUCAGUACCAUCCACAACAGUUUUACUACUUCCCUGCUACUGUAAAAUACGACGAAUGCGGAAAGAAUAAAAACACGAGACCAAG